AUGGUAAGGUAAGGUAAGAAAGGGCUGUGUAAAAAAAGCAAGCUAGGGUAAGAUAAUGUACAUUAGGGUAGGGUAGGGAUUUUAACACUCUUUUAGAACUUCAAUGUUAUGUCAUUUUAGUUGGCAUGACGUUAACACAGUAAUAUCUGGAGCAGAUUAACGAUGAUUAAGUUUAUCUUAUCUGAUUAGUUUCUUUAGGACGUCACAAGUUUUGUUCAUUCUUUAAUGAAAAGGUAUGAAUGAACUUCUAAUUGAUAUAGUAAACUCAGACGUAGUAAUUUUAAGUCAUUAUGUAAUAAAGAUUAAGUAAAAGAUUAUUAAUCUUAUAGUAGGCUUAAUUACAUGUUUUUGGGUUUAAAUUUUAGUGUAUUAGAGAUCUUUUUUACAUUAUAUGGCUAUAUAUACCGUUUUGAAAAGUUUUGUCGUUUUUUAUGGGGUAACGUAAUGUAUUUUGGCGACAUUACAUUUUUUCAAAAAAAAAUUGAAAAAUGAUUUUUAGUAGGGAAGGGUUGGGUAAAAUAAAGCAAUAGUUCAUAUUACAGUAAAUUAAGAUUAGAAAAUGACAUUUUUUAACGAAUAAUGCUACAAAAGAACAUUGUUUCGACCAGUAAGAUCACAUUAUCUUUGCAACCAACUUGAAUGUUUAUAUUUUGUAUUUUGUUAGUGAAUAUCAGAUUCUCGGCUUAUCAAAUUUCUAUUGACAAUCGGUGUAUAUGACAUUGUUUUUGGCAUUUUUUAUUUGUUUUUGGAAUACGAAAGAAACAGUAGAAAUUGGCACAACAUUUCUAUUUUUUGUUGUAAAGCUGUAGUCAAAAACGUUUUUUUAAUUGUAAAAUACGAAUAUGUAAAUAUAGAAAGUCUUCAAACUCAUGCUUUAAGUUAAAAAACAUGAUUUUUAGCUUAAAAUAUUAGGUUGUCCGGAAAGUUCUGCAAUAUUUGAGUAGGUAAACUUUGAAAAAUCAGGAAAAAUUUAUUUCUUGACGGAAAGAAAAAAAUUCUUUUUUUGUUUGUUUGUUUGUUACCUAAAUUAUUCAAAAAGGUAAGUUACAUAACUUAAUUUCAUUUUUUUGUAUUGUUUUAGGUAUUAGAAAAAAAUGGAGAAAUCUCGCCUGCGCGAAAUGAAUUCAAACGCGGAAAUACUGCGGCAGAAACCUUCAGAAUCAUAAACGAAAAUGAGGGUAAGAAUGUUUUGAGUUAUUCUACGGUGACCAGAUGGUUCGCAAAGUUUCGUGUGGACGAUGAGAAGCUUGAAGACAAACCACGUGCAGGAAGACCCAGCAAACUUGACAAAGAAGCCCUGAGGCGCAAGAUUGAAGAUGACCCACAUAUUACAAUCCGGGAGUUAGAAGAGUUGCUAAACUGUGGAAAACGUACCAUUGGUGAUCAUUUGAAGGCAAUGGGUAUGGUCAAAAAGUUGGACAAAUGGGUGCCUCACAAUUUGACUGAUCUGCAAAAAGCCAAAAGACGAUGUGCUUCCGAAAAGCUUCUGCAACGCUGCAAAAACGAAGAAUUCUUGGAUCGAAUUGUAACUAUUGACGAGAAGUGGAUCUCGUUUAACAAUACUAGAAGAUCUACAAGUUGGCGUAAGCGUGGAGAAGCUCCUAAGCACGUUCCGAAGCCAGAAUUGCACGAAAAGAAGCUUAUGGUGACUGUCUGGUGGUGUAGCUCUGGAGUGAUCCAGUACGAUUUCAAACUUUCCGGACAACCUAAUAUAUUGAAAUCGCCAGAUUUGUGA